UAAAAUCGUCGGCCGAUUUUCCAACUCUGAGAGACCCCACACACGGCGAUAAAAUAUCGCGGGUCUAACAGUUUUGGUCGUACAGUUAGUGGUGCGCCGCCACAUGGCAAAAUCAACACAUCACACACGAACCGAUUUGACUCCCGAGCAGUCCCAGGUCAGACGGGAAAUCUCGCAAAAUCUCUCGAGAUCAAACGUGAUUUCAGAGUAAACAAUCAUGGCGGACGAAGAGGAUGCAGUGGCGAUAGUUUGCAGUUUGUUUUUAUCCGAAAAAAAACGUUCUCAAAAGAAAAGGCGAUGGUCAAAGAAGUGGAGACAACACGAGCAUGGACUAUACUUGCUACAACAUGAUAUGGAGGUGAGUUGUUGUUUUUUUUCUUAAAGAAAUGUCGUUACGUACUGCACAGAUUUUACGGUAGUAUGCCCAUCGAUUUUAUUAUUAUUAGGACUGUCAAAAUUAACGCGUUAACGCAAAUUCGUUUUAACGGCACUAAUUUAUUAACGUGUGCGCGCAAUUUCUGUUUUACGCUUGGUCCAGUCCAUAGUUGGAUGUUUUGAGACGCAGUAAAUGUGACCCGUGCUGUGUGAGGUUUUCAUAAUAAUAGUAAUAAGAUCAUAAGCUCUCGUCUAGCAAAUCCAAUGCUCUAAGGGUCAUUAAACAUCUGAAAUGCUCUUGUAUGUUUUCUGAGAGGUGUACCGUCCUAAAUAAUCUAAUGCAAAGAUGCGUCUUUGACCCCGAUAUAUACACACACACAGAAUUACUUUAAAAAAUAUAUGUUUUGACAAGAAUUCACGCAGAUAUAAUGUGUUAUGUCUUAAGUGAAUGUUAAGUUAACUAUUGAGGAAAAUAUCUGAUGUGUAACAUUAUAUUUGGUCCUUUCAUAGCUAUUAAACUUAAAGCUGUCUGUCUCAAUGUCAAUCAAAGAAUAAAAGAAAAAACGUUUAACAUAUAUUCAUAUCGUUUUUGACUUUGUGUGUGCCAAAUCUAUUAGUUUUAUUUAAUUAAUCUACAUAAAAUAUUUGAAUCUAUUGAUAGCCGUAAUUAAUUAUUACAUUUUACAGGUUUCUGACAGAGAAGGGGUCAAGGAGCUACUUCGCAUGAAUGUGGAGGAGCUUGAGUUUGUCCUCAAUAAAGUAGCCCCAUUGAUCACAAAGCAGGAUACAAACAUGAGGCUGUCCAUUUCUGCAAAGGAGAGACUAGUGUUAACACUAAGAUUUUUGGCAACAGGAGAGUCCUUUACAUCGUUAAACUUCCAGUUUAGAGUUGGAAAGUCAACCAUCUCCCAGAUUGUUACUGAAACAUGUGAAGCCCUGUACCGAGCAUUAGCUAAGGAUUACCUCAAGACACCAACUACAGAGAAGGAAUGGCUGGACAUAGCACAAGAUUUUCAUCAAAAGUGGCAGUUCCCCCAUUGCCUUGGUGCCCUAGAUGGGAAACAUAUAAACAUUUUGCCCCCAGCUCAUAGUGGAAGUAUCUUCCGUAAUUACAAGGGGCGGUUUUCUGUGUUAAUGAUGGCUCUUGUUGAUGCCCAGUACAAAUUUUUGUAUGUCAGUGUUGGAGCGCAGGGAAGAGCAUCAGAUGCAGGAGUGUUUAAUGAGUCAGAUUUCAAGAAAGCACUGGACCAGGGCCUUCUUAAUAUCCCUGCAGCAAAACCACUUCCACAAUCAGACAUACAAGCACCCUUUGUGUUCCUGGGUGACGAUGCUUAUCCUUUGCGCACAGACCUGAUGAAGCCAUACUCAUUUCGUCAGAUGGACUAUCAGCAGAGAGUUUUUAACUACAGGCUUUCUCGAGGACGCAGAGUUGUGGAAAAUGGAUUUGGAAUACUUGCAAACAGGUGGAGAGUAUUCCUCACCACCAUAAUGCUCAACGCAGACAAAGUACAGAAGGUGGCCUUAGCUUGUGUGUGUCUCCACAAUUAUUUGUGUGGAAUUUGUUCUGACACAUAUGCACCUCCAGCCCUGAAUGACUCAGAAGACGGUGACCACAGAUUUGUGGAGGGUACCUGGAGACAAGAUGGUCUGGGAGCCAUGCUUCCACUUCCACCUGGAAAACCCUGCAACAGCUCCAUGGCUGCCAAACAAAUAAGAGAGAAGCUGAAGAGCUACUUUGUUUCAUCUGCAGGCAAGGUUUCCUGGCAGGACAACUACAUUUAGGCUGAAACAUGUCAUAUUUCUAAAAGUCAUUCUUUUUACCUUGUUUGCACUGACAUAUGUAUAGUUCUGUAAAUACAGCAUUUUUUACUUGUUUUUUCUAUUCACACCUUUGUUUGUAUUCAAUGUUAUUUUUUUAUAU